AUGGCCCCCCAUCCUCUCUUCCCUGAUCUCGAGGCGUCCGUCCUUGUCGACCAUCGCCCCGUCCCUGAACUGUACGACCGUGAAGAUGCUAAUCUCCAAACCAAGAUAGUGUACAUCAAGUCCGAAGCAGGCGAGCAGUUCGGCAUCCGCUACUUCAUUCCCGGCUACCUGUUCGAGCACCACAGCAUCAAGGCCAUAGUCAACAUCGACGGCGUAGACAUGCGCAAGUUCAUCUUCGAGAGGCACAACUACGACUACUACGGCGUCUCGAGACAUAUAUAUGCCAGCAGCGCGAAGGCAGGCCGCAGCUUCAUGGGCCAGCGCUUCCGCUUCGCUUCUUUGGACACUCACGACGAGAGGGAAGCGAUUGACUACCAGCUUCGAGAGCAAUUGGCGCAUACGGGCGUCAUCUCGAUCGCAUUUCAUAAGGUCACCAACGUACGCAUGGCGGGCGCAUGGAAGGAAGUGCCGUCCAUGUAUCAGUACGACAAGGUCCCUGAGAAGGCAUUGAAAGGCUCAUCUGUUUCGCACAAGACUACACUUGACCCGCUUGAGCGCAUCGCACCUGUCAAGCUUAUGGAGGCUGACUACGUCGAUGGAGAAGGCCGUCCGUUUGCCGUCAUCGAGUUCAGAUACCGUUCUACAGCUGCUCUGAAGUCCCUCGCUAUCCUCCCCCGGUCAUCGAGUCCAGUACCCAUCAAGGAUGUGGUGUCAGAAGAGGAAGUGAGCAAGAUCUAUGUCAAGAAAGAAGAGGCUGAGACACGCAAGCGCGACCGUGCCGAAGAUGAUGAUGAUGAUGAUGAUGAUGACGAGGACGUGGAGAUGGUGGAUGAGAGGCCCGUGAAGCGACGUUGCUUCCCAAACAGCAACGAUGAAGUCAUCUUGCUCGACUGA